UCUCCAAUGGGAGCUGAGGAGGGUGUGCUCUACCUCAUUCCUGUCCGAAGAGCGUGCAGGUACACAUCUGCCAGAUCAGAUUCACAGCGGCCUGGCGUUAAACGCCAUGAACGUCAUCUGUUACGGGCUGGUAGCAUCGCUGCUGUAUUCAGAUGGACCGCAUGCAGGAGCUUUAACCGCCGUCGGCGCAUUGAUAAGGCGCCAUGAGGAGCUGGGCUAUGACAGGGAGCCGGUCCGCAGGCAGCAGGAGCGCUUCCGGAGAGAGGCGCACCCUCACGCUCAUGUGCUGCGGCUGGACUUUAGGGCGUUUCACAGGGCCUUCCACUUACGGCUGAAGCGAGACACGUCGGGGUUUGCGGAAAACUUCCAGAUUCACCUGAAUGGCUCAAGGGGAACAGACCUCUCCCACAUCUAUUCUGGGGAAGUAGAAGAUGAAGACGGCUCAUCCUGCCAUGGCUCCAUAAUCGAAGGCCAGUUUGAAGGUGUCAUCCGCACGGAAAACGGAACCUUCCACGUGGAGCCACUGCGCAGAUACUCUGCCGCCCCUUCGGCGUACCACUCUGUCAUUUACCGGGAAGAUGACAUCGAUCUUUCUCCCCUGCAAAGAAGCCGCGAUGGAUUCUGUGGUGCUGAGCAGCUGCGGCGAUUGACCCAAAACCUCCGACAGAGCGGUGAUGCUCAGGGAGAGACCCUGUUGAGGUCAAGAAGAACGGUGGACCACUCCAAAACCAGCUGUCACCUCCACCUCCACGCUGACCACCUCUAUUUUAAGAGGUUUGGGAGCGUCCAAGCAGUGGUUGCCCAGAUCGCUUCCUACAUGAAUGCGGUGAACGAUAUCUACAACAAGGCAGACUUUGACGGCAUCCGACUGAUAAACUUCAAAGUGAAAUCCCUUAGUGUCAUCACAGAGGAAGAUGCCUCCAGUCCGCUCUCCCAGCGCUUUAUUGGCCCAGAGAGGCUCCUUAGCCUUUUCUCAGAAAUGACCUGGGGAGAGUACUGCCUGUCGUACCUGCUGACUGACCGUGACUAUAGCGGAGUGCUGGGUUUGGCCUGGGAGGGGAGGUCAGGAAACGUGGGAGGCAUUUGCUCACAGGCCACGAAAAUGCAAGAUGGCGGUAUGGCCACUCUGAACACGGGCCUGAUCACCCUGCAGAAUUAUGGCCGCUACCUCUCUCCUUGGCAUGUGCAGCUCACCCUGGCCCAUGAACUGGGCCACAGUCUGGGAGCCCCCCACGACGUGGGCACUAACUGCGGCAGCCUGGGCUCCACUGACGGCAAAGGCAGGUUCCUCAUGUUCCCUCAUGCCACCGACGGCCUCCAGGAGAACAACGAUAAGUUCUCACCCUGCAGCAUCAAGCACAUCAGUAGCCUGCUGAGAGUGAAGAAGGACGACUGCUUCGUAGAAAGCGAUCAGCCAAUCUGCGGAAAUCUGAUAGUGGAGGAGGGGGAGCAGUGCGAUGUGGGCCACAAUGAGACCGACCCGUGCUGUUACAGUGCCAAGGAACGCAAAGCCUUGCGCUGUCAUCUGAAACCCGGCAUAAUCUGCAGUCCCAGUCAGGGUCUGUGCUGCAGCUCCCUCUGCACCUUUACGCCCUACGGCGUGACCUGUGAGGAGGCGUCCGAGUGUCGCCUGCAGACCCGCUGCUCCGGAGCUGCGGCUGCCUGCCCUGCUGCCACCGGCAGGCUGGACAUGACGCCCUGUGGCCUGGGAACGCGAGUCUGCCAGCAGGGGGAGUGCUCACAGUCGCUGUGUACCAAGCAUGGCAUGGAGCAGUGUGACUGUCCCGCAGACUCCAUGAGUGAGCGAUGCUACAUGUGCUGCCAGCAGCCCGGCAGUCCCCGGACUUGUGCCAGCACCACGUCUUCAGUCCUGCAGAAGUUCUUCCAGGGCAGGCGCCUGCCACUGGUACCAGGUGCUGCCUGCUCUGACAAGAAGGGCUUCUGCGACAAAUUCCACGUGUGCCGCUUGCUGGAUGCCGACGGCCCCCUCGCCCGUCUUAAGAACUCCUUCUUGCACCUGAAUGAAUUUGACGACAUAUCUGACUGGAUGAAGGGGCACUGGUGGGCUAUCCUGCUGGCCAUCCUCACUCUGUCGACUGUCACCGCGGGGACCGCCUUCUUUUUUGGGAGGGAGACCUGACGAGGCAGCGGUACUGAUACGGACAGUACUGAUGGGUGUCGACGAGGUCACUACUCUGAGCCCAGAUCUCUCACAGGAUGACGUUUUCUGUUUACCUGUUCCAUUGCUUUUGUCAGUACUAAACUUUCAGUCAAUUUCCUCUCUGUAGUUUGCAAUAAAUAGCACUGAUUAGGAAAAUGGAUUACAUUAAUUAAAAAUAUCUAUAAGUUUCCGGGAUGUUGUAUUUAGAUUAAUAAGUUUAGCUCUGGUUUACUGUAGCUUGCUCUCUGUAAAGGUUUUAACAUGACGUCUGAUGUGAGCCUCAACAUUCCUCAGGGUCACCACUGUUCUGGCAGUGAGGUAUCAGCAUGAUUCAAUUGCUAUGACGUUUAGUCCAAUAAAAGCUUGGAAAAAUAUAAAACAGGACAAUCAGUCCAUAAA